CCAUGCUAAUGUUGUUCAAAUCUUGGUUGGCAAAUCUGGAUUUUCAUUUGAUCCUCAAAAUUCUACAGCGAGUAAGGGUGAUAUUCUUAGCUUUAUAUUCGUUGGUGCACAGAGCGAUGUGGUUCAAUCUAAUGGCCCUUUUGGUUUGGCUUCCUGCAAUAAUACAACACCCGGAGGCUUCAAUUAUACUUCAACCGCAACACCACCUGCACCAUCAAAUGGCACAUUUCAACCGGAUGUAUUUAAUUACACAAUUACUCAGGAUAGUGGUCAAAUCUUUUUCAUCUGUGAUUUUCCCGGACGCUGUGAAAAUGGUAUGUAUGGUGUUGUUACAAUCACUGGUGGUAGUUCAUCUUCCAAUGGUAGUAGCCCAACCAAUGGUAGUAGUUCAACUUCCCCGCAAGCCAGUAAUUCUGCUACCAAUCAAGCUAAAAGUGCCGCCUCCACGACUCAUGCUAGUACCUUUACUUUCGCUGUGAUUUUGUUUUCAAGCAUGUUUGUUUCUUCAUUCAUGAAAACCUUUCUUUAA